ACUAAACACGCACGCACUCCUCUCUUCUUUCUCUCUCUACCAAACAACAAAAAAGAAAAAAAAAAAUCUCUCUACAAGACAAUCACACUAAUCUCCCUGGAGAGAGAAAGAGAGAUUUUUUUUUUUUAUUAUUUAGUUUUUGGGUUUUAUAUAUCUUUGUUUUGUUUUGUUUGCUUAUAGUCUCACUUUACAGCUCAUUCUCUACAUUCUUCUUCUUAUUCACCAGAUCAAAUCUAAGGGGUUGUUUCGGCUGGAUGGACGACACUCUACUUUUGUCAUAGAUUGGCUUGUUCAGCUUAAAGUUUUAUGUCUGGCAAUCUUUUCUUGUAUCUGUGGCUACCAUAUGGCUUAAUAAACCAGAUAACCACAUGUUACAGGCAAAGCAUUCCGGAGCGUGUUCUAUCAGAUGAAUUAUAGCUGCUAUAUUAUGCUUGACCAGUUCUCUCAUGGCCAUCUGUUCAAUGAGAUUUCAAAGGCCUUGGCUUCUUUACAUUCUACACCUAUAUAUUCUUGUAAACAAAAACGGAGCUAUCACUCCUGAUGGUGAAGCACUAUUGAGCUUCAGGAGUGCAAUUGUCAGCUCAGAUGGUAUUCUUCCUUUGUGGAGGCCAGAGGAUGCUGACCCAUGUAAUUGGAGAGGCGUGACAUGUGAUCAGAAAACCAAGAGAGUAAUAUAUUUGAGUCUGAAGAACCACAAAUUAAGUGGACCUAUAUCACCUGACCUUGGGAAGUUAGAGCACUUGAGAGUUCUAGCUCUAUACAACAACAACUUCUAUGGAACAAUUCCUUCAGAGUUGGGAAAUUGCACAGAGUUGCAGGAAAUAUUCUUGCAGGGCAACUACUUAAGUGGACCAAUUCCAAGCGAAUUGGGAAACCUAACUGUGCUUCAAAAUCUAGAUAUCUCAAGUAACUCUCUCAGUGGGUCAAUCCCUUCAUCGCUUGGGAAGUUAAAUAAACUCAUCACUUUCAAUGUGUCAAACAAUUUUCUCAUCGGACCAAUACCAUCUGAUGGUGUGCUCAUCAACUUUGCAGAUAACUCGUUCACUGGAAAUCGUGAUUUGUGUGGAAAACAGAUCAAUAGAACUUGCAGAGAUGAUAGUGGCGGGUCAGGAACUGAUGGGCAGCCUCCUUCAGGCCAAAAUCAAGGAGGAAAGAAAAAAUACUCUGGCAGACUACUUAUCAGCACUUCAGCAACCAUUGGUGCACUACUUCUAGUGGCACUUAUGUGUUUUUGGGGUUGCUUUCUAUAUAAGAAAUUCGGUAAAAAUGAGAGUAAUAGUAUUGCAAUGGAUGUUAGUGGAGGUGCAUCAAUUGUAAUGUUUCAUGGGGACUUGCCAUACUCAUCAAAAGACAUCAUAAAAAAAUUAGAGACUUUGACUGAGGAACAUGUCAUAGGCUCUGGUGGUUUUGGAACUGUGUACAAGCUUGAAAUGGAUGAUGGCAGUAUAUUUGCCUUGAAGAGAAUUGUAAAGAUGGAUGAUGGUUUUGAUCGAUUCUUUGAGAGGGAGCUUGAAAUUCUUGGAAGCAUAAAACAUCGCUACCUGGUUAAUUUACGUGGUUAUUGCAAUUCCCCUACAUCAAAAUUGUUGAUUUAUGAUUUCCUAUCUGGUGGCAGCCUUGAUGAAGCACUCCAUGAAAGAUCUGAGCAACUGGAUUGGGAUGCACGCCUGACUGUUAUUAUGGGGGCAGCAAAAGGACUGGCUUACUUGCAUCAUGAUUGUUCCCCAAGGAUCAUCCAUCGUGACAUAAAGUCGAGCAACAUUUUGCUUGAUGGCAACUUGGAGGCUCGGGUUACUGAUUUUGGACUUGCCAAAUUAUUAGGGGAUGGAGAAUCACAUAUUACAACAAUUGUUGCUGGAACAUUUGGUUAUCUAGCUCCCGAAUACAUGCAAAGUGGCAGGGCAACUGAAAAGACUGAUGUUUAUAGUUUUGGGGUCCUGGUGCUUGAAGUACUGAGCGGAAAGCGGCCAACGGAUGCGUCAUUCAUUGAGAAGGGCCUGAACAUUGUUGGUUGGCUAAAUUUCUUGAUCACAGAGAAUAGACCACGAGAAAUUGUUGAUCCAAACUGUGAGGGGGUGCAGGUAGAAAGCCUUGAUGCCCUGCUUUCGGUUGCCAUCCAAUGUGUUUCUUCGAGCCCAGAGGAUAGACCCACCAUGCACAGGGUGGUUCAAGUGCUUGAAUCUGAGGUUAUGACCCCAUGCCCAAGUGACUUUUACGAUACCAAUUCUGAUUGAAAACCCAUGCUGUGACAGUGAAGACAUGUUUUGAGUCCGCAUCUACGAGUGCAGCUUCUGGAAAAUUAAAGAAGCAAUGCACAAGCAGGAAAGGGUGGCUUGGAAUCUGCAGCAGUUUUUUGUCUUCAUUUUAUUUGUCCAUUCUUUCUGCAGAUUUAUCACAAUUAGAGGAUACAAGAUUUCAUCUGGUUCUCUCGGUUGCACUCAUGGACUGGAAUUUUCGUGUCAUUUUGCGUGGGUGUGCCAAACACUUGCGUCUCAACGAGAAUGGAGUUUCCACUUGUGGUACGGGCCAGUUAUUCAUCUGAAGUUCUAUUUUUGGGCUCUCUCCUUUUCCUUCUCUUGUUGUAGUCCCCUUCUUGCACUCCUUUUCCUUCUCUUGUUGCAGUCCCCUUCUUGCAUUUAAUUGUAUAUGAAAUUUGUAUAAAUUCAGAACAUAUAGCUUCGCAAAAAGAUUCUUGUGUUCUCCAUUUUUGUAUAAUAUAUUUAAUUGCAAUAAUCAGUUCCUUGAGUGAAUUCAGCA